CAUCACGUUAUUGAUCAAUCAAACACUAGAGUGGCGUCUCCUUAAUCAGCGAUUAUCUUUUUCCUCUUUCUUCUAUUUUCAUCUUUUCUUCCUCAUACAACUCUAUUUUUCUAUCUUCUCAUCCUCAUCUCUGAUUUAUCUUCUUGGAUAGAAAUCGGUUCUAUCAAUUGGUUCUUUCAUUGAGAGCUUUUGAGGAUGGGUUUUUCAGAACUCAGUACAGAACUGGACAGAUCCACAGAGCGACUAAGGAAGACGAUGCUGGAGUAUGCUCUGAGACAAAACGAUGACCUCAAAGAAGAAUGAUUAAUAUUCUCAAGGGACGAUUUGGAGAAGACUAUGAUCGAGAGUAUCUGCCCCAACAGCUGUCUAAAGAACAGCUCAAGAAGACGCCUGAGUACCAGCAAGCGAAGACAGCAAUUGUGGAGCCUGUGAGACAACCUAAAGAGCUCAAACCGAUGGAAAUUCCAAGGAAGCCUCUGAAGAAUUUCAUCGAACACUUGGUGGACGAGUCUCCAGAUGAAGUUUCUGCAGAAUCCGAGUCUGUGAAGGUUACAAAAGUGAGAGAUCUCCAUGGAUACAUUGGAUUGAAAACAAUGGAUGUCAAUGGCUUUGAGGUUUUGGCUUCCCAGGUAGAAUCUGUGAGACAUAUAUUCCAAAGACACCCAGACAUUGCGGCUGAGUUCCGUGCAAAGAACCAACGUAUGAGGAAAGCGUGUAUGAGUUUCCUGCUGAGCGUAAUAGAGACGUCGUGCCAGUCACUUGAGGAGCUCUCCAAUGAAGAUCUUGUGGAAGCAGACAUUGCGAUUACAUACUUGAAAGACGCAUGCUUCAAGGUGGAUUGGUUAGAGAAGAAGCUGAACCAGCUAAAAGAUAACAAGGAGAAAGAGAAGUCUGGUUUGGCUCGGCUCCAAAAAAUAGAGGAAAAUCUGUUGAAUCUGAAGCUACAGUGGUCAGAGAUGGACCAUCUUGCAUAGAUGGACCAUCUUGCAGAGAUGAUGAUACAAUUAAACGUAACUUCAAAAUGAUCAAUGAAAUCAAAUGAAUCUGAUGUUUUUAAAACAACGAUUCAUGAACCUUAAGAAUCCAAAACAAGAGAAAAGGAUCUUCGAUGAAUUACAGAGAAGAGAACGAGAUGAAGAAGGUGAACUCGUACAACAAAUUUCUGAUUAUUGGUUUGUCUUUCCUCCGAUCCUUUUAACGAUCAAGCUUAAUUACUUUUGAUCACAGCCGUUGAUCCC